AAGUGGCUCGCCGGAGAGUUUCGGCUGGCUGACAGCAGAGGGAGAGAGAGAGAAAGAAAGAGAAAUGGCGCCUCGACACUCUAGUAGCUGAGACACAUUCAGAACGAAAGCAGCUGACAAGAGCUACAGGACUGGAUCUGUCUAUCAGCGGGGACAGACAGCAAUCAUGGUGAACACCAGAAAGAGCUCGGAGCACAAGCCCAUCAGUCCCUUCAUCUCGGGCCGGACGAGGUCGUCUCAGAGGAGCAACCCAAACUUGGACGAGCACAACAGCCGUGUAAGGAAGAGAGAGACACCGGCAGCCUAUUCUCUCCGCCAGCCGAAGGAGCCAGGCAGUGAUGUUAACAGCAGUAGUCCACGUUUGUCCCCGCCGCCCAAGCGGACACGCAGACAGACCCCACCAAGUUCUACCGAUACUUCUCCAAGUCCCCAGAGUAAAGGCCAGAGAGCCCCGUGGACCAUGUCCAAACACUGUACUAGGUUGUCCACUGGUGCCCUGCAGAAUGGACGCAGUCGAAUGAGUCUGAGGGGUGAUUCUACAUCAGAUGGGGACCACGCUCGCAUGAACGGUCAUGUUGAGCUCAAGAGGAGCCGCCGCAUCAGGAAGUCCCAGUUCGAACACCUCAAUCAGAGUUUACUUUUCGACCAACUUGUCAACAGUACGGCAGAAGCAGUCCUUCAAGAGAUGGACAACAUCAGCAGCAUACGGCAGAAUCGGGAAGUGGAGCGCCUCCGCAUGUGGACGGACACUGAACUGGAAAACAUGGACAUGUACUCCCGCGUGAAGAGGAGGAAGUCUUUGCGUAGGAACACGUAUGGAAUGCAGGCGCAUCACAAAGCCAUGAGCAAGUCAAAGGACCCCGAAGAGGAGGAGGGAACUGAAGAGUCUCACGAAGAGGAGGAGGAGGAUGAAGAUGUGGAGGCUGAUGAUGAUGAAGACGAUGAAGGAGACGAGGCAGAAGAGGCUGGAGAGGAGAACGACAGACCUUAUAACCUCAGGCAGCGUAAAACUGUGCAGCGAUAUGAAGCGCCCCCAAUAGAGCCAGUGAACAGAAAGCAGAGCAAGGGCUCUCUGUUCGACACGCACAGAUCUCCUGCAAGAAGAAGCCAUAUUAGAGUAAAGAAACAUGCCAUUCACAGUAGUGAAUCGACAUCAUCGUCUGAUGAAGAGCGCUUUGAGAGGCGGAAAAGCAAAAGCAUGAGCCGAGCUCGUAACAGGUGUCUACCCAUGAACCUACGAGCAGAGGAUCUGUCCAGCGGUGUGCUUCGAGACAGAGUGAAAGUGGGUGCUAGUUUGGCAGAUGUGGAUCCCAUGAAUCUGGACACUUCUGUGAAGUUUGACAGUAUUGGAGGUCUCUCCCAUCACAUUCAGUCUUUAAAAGAGAUGGUCGUCUUUCCUUUAUUAUAUCCAGAAGUGUUUGAGAAGUUUAAGAUCCAGCCCCCAAGAGGAUGUCUGUUUUAUGGGCCUCCAGGAACUGGGAAGACGCUGGUGGCACGAGCUUUGGCCAAUGAAUGCAGUCAGGGUGACAGGAAGGUGUCUUUUUUCAUGCGCAAGGGCGCAGACUGCCUCAGCAAAUGGGUGGGAGAGUCUGAACGACAGCUCCGCCUACUUUUUGAUCAGGCAUACCUCAUGAGACCCUCCAUCAUCUUUUUCGAUGAGAUUGAUGGCCUCGCUCCUGUUCGCUCCAGCAGGCAGGAUCAGAUUCACAGCUCCAUAGUGUCUACAUUACUGGCAUUGAUGGAUGGUUUGGACAGCCGGGGGGAGAUAGUGGUCAUCGGUGCUACAAAUAGACUCGACUCUAUUGACCCCGCACUCAGGAGGCCCGGGCGCUUUGACCGGGAGUUUCUGUUCAACCUGCCAGAUAAAAAGGCUCGAAAGCACAUUUUAGAAAUCCACACCAGGGACUGGAGCCCCAAGCUAGCUGAACCCUUCAUAGAUGAGCUAGCUGAGAAGUGUGUCGGUUACUGUGGGGCCGACAUCAAAGCACUUUGCACAGAGGCUGCGCUAGCGGCUCUGCGGCGGUGCUAUCCUCAGAUCUACGGCAGCAGCCAGCGUUAUCAGCUGGACGUGGGCUCCAUCGUUUUGGGAGCGCAGGAUUUUGGUCGUGCUCUGCGCUCUAUAGUACCUGCGGGUCAAAGGGCCCUGGCUCCACCCGGCCAGGCCCUUUCCUGUGUGUUGAAGCCCCUGCUGGAGCCCACACUGGCCCAAACGCUGGCCUGCCUGAUGCGAGUCUUCCCCCACGCAGAGCUCCUGCACAGGGAACACACACACGACACUGACAAUCAUCUGUUGGUGGAGGACUCGUACAGCGAGGACGAGGAAUGUUUCGGUGCUCCUUCCAUUUAUGAAACUCAGUCAGGAUCGCUGAAGGAAGCAGCUUCCUGCACGACACACAAACCCUUUCUCCACUUUACCACUUCUGCCUACAAGCAGCCCACCUCUUACCGGCCACGGCUGCUGCUGACGGGACCCCAGGGCGCGGGGCAGAGCACACACCUGGCCCCUGCUGUGCUGCACCACCUGGAGAAGUUCACUGUGCACCGUCUCGACCUACCCACGCUAUACUCCGUCAGUGCCAAAACCCCGGAGGAGUCUUGUGCUCAGGUGUUUCGUGAGGCUCGACGCUGUGUACCCAGCAUCAUCUACAUGCCUCACAUCAGUGACUGGUGGGAAGCCAUCAGUGAGACGGUCAAGAGCAGCUUCCUCACACUCCUGCAGGAUGUACCCUCAUUCACACCGCUCCUCAUCCUCGCCACAGCAGAGACCAUCUACCAGCAGCUCCCAGACGAGCUGACAUGCAUCUUCAGCCGUUCAUACGGGGAGGUGGUUUGUUUAAGCAUGCCGGGAGAAGAAGCACGCAGGAAGUUUUUUUCAGACCUCAUUCUUGAGCAGGCAGCCAAGGCACCACCCAGCAGGAGGAAAACCGUGAGCGCUCUGGAGGUGCUGACCCUUGCUGAAGACCCCGGUCCUCGGCAGCUCUCACCAGAGGAGCAGCGGCGACUGGAGGAGCAGGAGGAGAACACCUUGCGCGAGCUCCGCCUCUUUCUCAGGGACGUCACAAAGCGGCUCGCCACCGACAAGCGCUUCCAGAUCUUCAGCAAACCCGUGGACAUUGAGGAGGUUUCAGACUACCUCGAGGUUAUCAAACAGCCUAUGGACCUGUCCACGAUCAUGAUGAAGAUCGACACUCACAAAUACAUGGUGGCCAAGGAUUUUCUAGUGGACAUUGACCUCAUUUGCAGCAAUGCGUUAGAGUACAAUCCAGACAAGGAUCCGGGAGAUAAAAUCAUCCGCCACAGGGCCUGCAGUAUGAAGGAUACUGCGCACGCCAUGAUCGCCUCUGAACUGGACCCUGAGUUUGACCGCAUGUGUGAGGAGAUCAAGGAGUCCUGCAGGAAGAGAGGCUCUCUGACCACAGCGCAGCCGGCCAUCACUCCGAGCGCUGUGGCGACCAGGAGACCUGUGGGAGAGGAGGCGGGGUUAAGCGCUUCUCAGGGUGAUGGAGUGGACAAGCACUGCAGCAGUGAGUACAUGCAGAACACAAACAGAGCUUUUAGGCUAGACUUUGCAGGUGAUGGAACAAGCUGUACUUUGACUGCGUUGUGUUACACUUCUGCUAACAGCUCUGCCUGUGACAGGAGUUUUCACGUGGGACAGUGUGAUUGUGUCUCCAGUUCAUGGCCAUUCUGUAGAUUCUAUUCCACUCAAAACACUGACUCUAAGAGAUCGGUUAGAGUAGAAUUGUGUGGUAUGAGAUUACUGAGCGACUGAAGACAUGUCCGCUUAUUGAGGCUGUUUAAAUGUGC